CUUGCACACAGUCAGUUUUCGAAACGAGCGCGACAAAGGCGGUAGAUAUCGUGACGGUGCUCGGUUUUGUUGCGGUGUUUUUGUCACAUUUAAUUGGCGUUAAAGUUUAACUCCAAAAACAAAUAAAAAAGAAAGGAAAAAAGAAACAAUAGAUAUACAACUGAAGAUGGCUUCUUCUUACCUAAAUACCGGAAACAAGCUGUUACUUACACUCUUAGUCAUCGCUUCCAUUGCGUGCUCGGCGAAAGCGAAGACAGGACCAACACAUGGCAAAUUGGUGGUGUGUUAUAUUUCGACGUGGGCAGUUUACCGGCCUGGUAAUGGCGCAUAUGCGAUUGAAAACUUCGAUCCAAACUUAUGCACACACGUAAUUUAUGCUUUUGCUGGUCUUGAUAUCACACAGUCGGCCAUUAAGUCGCUGGAUCCAUGGCAAGACUUAAAGGAAGAUUACGGCAAGGGUGGUUAUGAACACUUGACAGGUUUCAAAAUCACACAUCCGCAUUUGAAGGUCAGUUUGGCUAUUGGUGGAUGGAAUGAGGGUUCGAAAAAUUACUCAUUACUAGUAGCCGAUCCGGAACAACGACGUCGUUUCGUGAAACAAGUGACCACAUUCAUACGUAAAUAUAAUUUCGAUGGCCUCGAUCUAGAUUGGGAGUACCCGACGCAGCGUGGUGGCCGCCCACAAGAUCGUGAAAAUUUCGUGCAACUUACAAAGGAACUGAGAGACGAGUUCGAUAAUUAUGGUUUAUUGUUGACGUCAGCAAUCGGAGCGGCCAAGAAUGUGAUUGAUCAAGCAUAUGAUGUGCGCCAAAUUUCACGUUACCUCGAUUAUUUACAUAUUAUGUGUUAUGAUUAUCAUGGCAGUUGGGAUAAGCUAGUUGGUUAUAAUGCACCGCUCAGAGCGCCCGAAGGUGAUGUACUCAGCGUGGAGUUUACCAUUGAUUAUCUGCUGAAAAUGGGUGCGCCCCCAAAUAAAAUAGUUAUUGGCUUACCCUUUUAUGGCCGUACCUUUAGGACACCGCGAGACGGCAAUGCCGGCGAUGUUACGGACGGCACCGCCUUUCAAGGUCCCUUUACUCGUGAGGAUGGUUUCCUUGGCUACAAUGAAAUCUGCAACAUUCUGAGCAACAAAACUUCAGGCUGGACCACAACUUGGGAUGCAAAGACUUCCCAAAUGUUAGCACGCUCCGAACGCGAUGUCUUCAGUGGCCUAGUCCAAGUAGUUACGUACGAUAGCGCACGUUCAAUUGCAAAUAAAGUCAAGUUUGCUGUCGAGAAGAAACUUGCUGGUAUGAUGAUAUGGUCCAUAGACACUGAUGAUUUUCGCGGCAGUUGCGCACCUGAGGAUGAUAUCUACGCGGAUUACAAGUAUCUACAAAGCAAUGGACAUGCCAUUAUGCCGAAGCGCAUCAAUUCAAACUAUCCGUUAUUGCGCACCAUUAAUGAAGCCACCACGUUGGCAUUGGACGAGGUGGAGCAAACUAUAGAAGACAAUGAGAUUCCACAUGGCAGCAUAGAAGAUCGAAAGAACAGCAAUGCAUCUGGAAAUGUAUUGCUGCAACGAAGUCUUCUUGAUCUCAUUGCACUUGUACUUUUCACAUAUCAUUUAGUGUUUUAAAAUUGUGAUUAAGUCGUUUUUACCUUGUACUUAUUAAGCAUUGAGGUCUUACUUACUUUUGUGUAAUUAAUUUAGUUUUUUUCUGUAUGUCUCGUAUCAUGUCAUGGCUAGUUAAACAUACUUACAUACAUACCACAAAAAGGUGUACUUCAAAAAUUUAUAAAGUACUUAAUACAUAAAAUGUUUGAUAAUUAGAUUUAGUUGUGAAAUAAAUGUAAAAAAGUCGCUAGAAGUAGUUAAUCAACCAUUUAUAUACAUUUUAAUAAAGUAAAAAAAAACAGAUAAUA